AUGGCUGAAACAAAAGAAAAGCUCAUAGUGUCUAAGUAGGAAUUCUAGGAAAUUUCAUUUGAUCAAAAAUAUUUAAUUCAAUUAACUAAAAAAAUAUACCUACAAGAAAAUUAUUAGAUAUGUGAAGUUAAAUCUAAUCAAUAGGAUUAAUUAUUGAUUAAUAAUAAAACGAUGAAUGGAAAAUUAAAUAGGGUUUAGUAUUAACGAUUAUUUAGAUUUCAUUUAAUAGCUUCACAGAAACAACUACUCGAUUUUGUUAAAAAACUCUAAUUUAACUUUGGGUUUUAGAAAAAGAUUAAAGCGUUAGAAAUUUAUUAAAAAAUUAACACUUAUUAAGUUUAUAGAUGUAAAUUUUGUCAAAAGAUUGGAAGACUUAACAUGAUAGAAUUGCAGGAGAAAUGUAAAAAAUGCUGAAGAGAAUUGAUGAACUGUAAGAAUAAAUUUCUUGUGAGGCUAAUCUCAACAAACGCGAAGAACAACUGAAAGAAAUGGAUAAAACAACUGAGCACUUAGAUGAAUAUGUUCAAAAUAUCAGUGAAAUGGGAUAAUAACUUAAAUUGAUAACCGACUUCCUUAAUCAUAUCAGAAAGGGUUUGAUAAGAGUUGAGGGAAAAAUAAAUGAGAUGAAGAAAUAACUAAAUAGCUUGGGUAAUGACAUAAAAUUUCUUCGUGGAAAAACAGUUGAAGAGCUUUUUUAUAUUAGAAAACGGAAAGUAUUGAAAGAAGCAGCAAAUAAAAAUGUUAGGUCUAUAUAUGUGCAGUUAAAAACUUUGGAGAUAUUUCAUAAAUUUGAGAAACAUGAAAAGAGAUUCCAAUUAAAUGGUUUAGAAGUAUAUAAAGAAGGACAUUAGGAAGUAGAAAAUUUAGAAGGAGAUAAAGAAAGACAUUAGGAAGAAGAUAAGGAAGGUUAGGUAGAAGGACAUGAGGAAGAAGUGGAUAAAGAAGGACUUGAAGAAGGGGAUAAAGAAGGACAUGAAGAAGGAGAUGAGGAAGGAUAUUUAAAAGAAGAUGAGGAAGAACAUGAAGAAGGAUAUAUAGAAAGAGAUGAAGAAGGAGACGAGGAAAAGAAAAGUAUUUUGAUGAGUUUUGAAAAUUUAUAUGAUAAAAAUGGAGAAGUGAAUGAGUUUUUAUUAGAUGAUAAAGAAACAGUAUUAUUAAUCUAUGGAGUAGCUGGAUCAGGGAAAAGUACUGCAGCUAAGAAAAUAGAAGAAUUUAUUUGGAGAUUACAUGACACUAAUGAAAAAACUGGUAAUGAAAUCUUAAUACCUAUUUAUAUUUCUUUACCUUCUUUAAAAAAUUCUGUGUUUUAAGCAGUAGAGGAAACACUUCAUCAAGAUGAGUAUGGUUUUGAUGAGCUUUAAUUGAAAGAAUGCAAAGAGCUGUUAGAAAAAAAAAAAUUCAGAUUCUUAUUAAUAAUGGAUAGUUAAGAUGAGAUGAAGUUGGAAAAUCUUUAGAAAAACUUGUAUAUUAACAAUAAACUUAAAUCGAAUUGGUCAGACCCCCUUGUUAUUUUUACUACAAUAAGUGAAAUUUUUACAAGUAGUAAUUAUUCUUUAUUAUUUAAAGUGUUAAAAUUUUGGUAUUUGAAAUUUAUGAAUGGUAAACACAAAUUUCAAAUAGAGGAGUAAUUGAUAUCAAAAAGUUUGGAAUUUCUUGGGAGCAAUGGUUAAAAGGGGAAAUUUUAUUGA